GAGAGCGGUCUGCUCUAUGUAGAUAAGCUAUAUAGUUGAGUAGUCACUGAAGUAUACUUUCACCAAAAAGAGAGAGAGAUUGAUAUGUACAUACAUAUUUACCCUGAGAGAAAAAAGAGAGGGAGAGGGCAGGGGAGAAAAAGUAAAAUAAGAGAGCGAGAAGGGUGCAUAUAAUGUUAUCUGUGAGUGAAUAUUUACCUCUCAGUAAGAAAUAUUUGUCUUCAGUGUGACAGCACACAGACGACACUCAGGUGUAAGUCCUAAUCUGAUGUCAAGACCUGGUGGGAUUUCAAAAUGCAGUCUGAAAACGUAAAUCCCUGCGAGCCGUCUCACCUGCAGUACACUAAAGAUUUAUCAGAGAAAAGUUGGAGGGCUGCUACCCAAUGAGAUUAAACCGAGCCAGUGUUCUCGAAAUCCAGUGGAAUUCACAGAAAGACACAAGAAUGGAGGUACUCAAAUGAAAUAGCCAAAUUCGAGCAUCUCCUGCGAUGGUUAUUUCUGGAUGCUUGGAAAGUACAGAAGGGAAUGACACUUAACAGCAGCUCAGUGCCAGUCAUCUGCUAGACCGCUCAUCAAGUUGCUGUACAGCAGCAUGCCUCUAUGUUUGCCUCCAGCACAAGCAGAAGCAUUAUGGAAGUGAAAGAGCGACGUCCUUAUUGCUCACUCACCAAGAGCCGCCGGGAUAAAGAGGGACCGUACACUGGUUCAUCAGGAGACAGUGAAGACUGUACCAUUGGCUCUCAGGGACUACGAGUCCCGACUCAGAAGUCUUACUCGUCCAGUGAAACACUCAAAGCCUUUGACCAACACCAAGACCAGACCAGGUUACUCUACGGGACAACCAAGGGACACAAGGAGAUGGUUCACCGUGAACAGGAUGAUUAUAACAGACAAGGUCCGCAUUUCAGUCUUCGUCAGCUGGGAAUCUGUGACCCCCCGUCACGUCGUGGCCUGGCGUUCUGCUCUGAGAUGGGCCUUCCUCACCGCGGGUUCUCAGUUGGAACAACCCCCGACUUAGAUACUGAGAGUCAGGCUGUGAUGUCACCGGACCGCGCCAUGCGGCUAUGGGGCCGUGCCGGCCUGGGUAAAUCAUCCGGGAGGAGUUCCUGCCUGUCAAGCCGUUCCAACUCGGUGCUGACUCUUACUGAUACCGAGCAUGAGAACAAGUCAGACAGCGACAAUGGUAAGUAUUCCUCUUAACCUUUUCUCGCUUUGUUUUUUCUUUUCAUGUGCAGAAACCCUCACCUAAUACAUUUUUGUAUUUUUGUAUUUCUUCAAUUUAAUGGCUUUGUUUGUGGUUAAAUUGUAGUCUGUUAUUGACUGGAAUAUCUCCCCUAGAGUUACUCAUUAAAUUUCAACUUUUUAGUCUUUAUUGUGGUGUUUUUGAAGUAUGCAUAGGAAGCUUGUUUCGAUAGGAUAGGUAAAUCUCCUGAAAACUGUAAUGUUCACCAUCAGCAUGUCUAAGUACUCUCAUAUGUAUAUUUGGAAAUUCCCUUCUUUAUUCUACGCACUAGAAGUGGUUUCCUCAGUCACUCCAAUGCCCUAUCUUAACACUAACAGGAUACAGCACGUUUCAAGGGAAAUAUUUUUGGGAUGGAAUCUGGUUUUAAUGCUCACAUUCAAUUAUUAAUAAAAUUGAAGGAAUUGAAGAAGAUUUGAAUACUAAAAAUAAAAUGCCAGUUUUGAUUGUAUACUCUAGAAGGAAUGUGGGACAAGAUUCAUUGGAUAUUGUUAUUUACUAAAUCAGAGAAUUGAAAAUUUUUCUCUAGUACAAUCAGAAUAUGGCUCUGCUGGUUGUGGUUUGUGUGUGAGAGAGAUCGGGAAUAAGGUGUGCUUACCUUUUUUGUUCCGGCAAUUUUUCUUAUCUCAUCAUUCUCUAAAGACAGUAGCAGUGGUUAAUGCCAUUGGAUGUUGUCAAGAAGGUAAUAAUUGAACAAUUACGCAAAGCUUAUUUUCCUAUAUUUGUAUUAAUUUUCACUGGAAGAUUUUUGUAGUCUGAGACAAUUUGAUUCUAUUCAUUAAAUGCUAAAAAAUGUAAGAGUGUGAUUUAAAUGCUCAAGCCUGCAGUAGAUGUGAUAUGAUUAAUUUGUCCUGGACUAAAUAUAAUUAA